UUUUCCUCCAUCAGCCUGGACCUGCUACCAGAAAGAGCUGCCACUCUGAUGGUGUAUGAAGAUGUUGUGGAGAUUGUUUCAGGCCUACAAGAACAAGAAAAGCUGUACUAAUGCUGCAUUCCAGACAACUUGGAGACGGGUAAUAUCCGACGUAAAAUGUAUGAGUUCUGACCAUUAAGCUUUCUGUCCUUAAUUACAUGCAAACAGGUAAAGACCUUGUGUGAGUAUGAUGAAUCUUUGUAAGCAGGGAACAUGAUGUGUAGGAAAUGAGUGAUUAACACUACAACACUAAAGAUAUGGCAACAUUACUAUUUUCACAACAAUUUACAUGCAGAAUUAGUUUGAUUGUAUGAAGAUAUGCAUUAUUUUAAUUAUGUAGAAUCAAAUAUGAUUUAUGUUUCAUUUCACCCUUUUUUUUCAAGUAGGACAUAAUUUUUUUUUUAAUACCAAUUGUCUCGAAUGCAGCAUAAGCUGGCAAACAUAAUACCUCAUCUGCAAAUACUAUGGUUUUAGACUUAUUGUUCUUGAAAGAACACUGAUAAAAGAAUGCAUAUAUAGUCAUCCAUACAUAUAUAAUCAUUAGCCUUUUGUUGAGAAAGAUCAUAUAGAUCUCAAAGUAAUCCGUCCUACACAUACACAAAGAGUUUGUCUUUGUUUGUCAGUCUCUUUGUUAAGGUGUCUGUAAUUAUAUUAAGGCUUUUUCACUCAGGCAAAAUCAAUAUGGCCAUUUUGUCUGCUGCGUCUUUUGUGUGUGUCUAGGGAGUAAUUUAAUGUGUCAGCUGUGUUGCCUGACAAAAAGACACGCAUAAAAAUACAGACACUAUUAACAUGUUAAACCCUGCCCACAGUAAGUGCCUGAGUGGAGCAAUAUUUGCGUCCACUGUGCGACACACUAUGUUUGUCAUGAUGUUGUGAACGUGUAACUUGGUCACCCAGGGGAGUGAUAAACUUUGGCGUGUGGCACGAGGAAAGAGAAUAAAGGAACGGGGAGGAGGAGGAGGAUGAUACAGUAUGUGCUGGGAAGUGAGGUUGUGGGCGGAGUAUUUCGAGAGAAUAGGGGGGAAAGGGAGAAAGGGGGAUGGGCUGUGCAGUGGCCAACAGAAGGAGGAACAGAUGAGGUGAAACAAAAGUGGAGGGAAAGACGACAAGUUAAGGAGGCACUCGCACAAAGAACAGAUGCAGGAGAGGGACAGGAAAAGGAAGGAAAAUUCGAUUUACUUCUGAAUUUCAAGAACGAGACUUUUGACAAUGAUAUCAAAGUUGAAAGAUACACUCUUACUGCUGAGCCAGGAUUCAUGUUGAGACUUAGUAGAAACACAAACACAGCGAACAUUCAUAUACAACUGGAUCUAUGUCUCACUCUUCAGGAAUGUGUACUCGGCACAGUCAGACCACAAUGACAUCACCUUGCUGAGUCCAGCUACAUUCACUUAUUGCAAUUCAUCCACAAUUUGUUAACGUUACGCAGAGAUGUAGAAAAAUGAAAAGGAAACUAUUAAUUGCACAGCAAAAUGUCAAAGAGUUAUUCCACCGGCUAUUUUUUGCUCCAUUGAUCCUCCAGUCACCUCCAUUAAACUUGAUUUGAUGACUAGGAAUUCCUCUCCUGCUUUUAAAAAGAUUCCCGUCAUCAAAUGCACAUAGAGGUUUUCCAAAACAUUUUCGUCUACAUGAAAACACAAAAUAGUGCUGUCAAAAGGAUACCAAGCAAACUGAUGUACAGUGACAUAACACUCACUGUAAAGAGAGAGAUAGAUUACAUAUCACUACCUCUCCUCAAGCAACAUAAAUAAAACAGUACAUGUACUGUAAGCAUGUUAAAUAUGUAGAGACACAGAGUGACAUCACCAGCCAACAACUCCCCUACUUGGCAGGAGUUUUCCAAAAUUUAAGACCUGACCCUGACCUGAGUAUAUGAAAUAAAAAUUAGGCAUAGAUGAGGAACAGAUGAUUGUCUUGUACAACCUCCUGAAAUACACAAACAUGAGUGUGCAAGAUACGAUCUUUGGGUUUUAAAUGUAGUUAAAACUACAGUUUUAAAAUACAAAAUUGUCCAUUGAAUUUAAUGGAGAAACUCAACUAUGAAGUAUAGUCAAGUUUGUCCAACCUAUCCAACAGCUGUGCAGGCAGGGUGUAAUUGAUAGGUGAUGGAGAAGCGCUCUAUAUAUAGAAACACUGUAUGACUCUGUGUGUGUGUUUGUCUGUGUAGGUUUGUUGUUUGUUAAUUCAUGAAAAGCAUUUCAUGCUUACUAGCAAGAAAGGUGAUAACUCAUUCUUAAAUAUACUGCACACCAAGCAAUGUGUGUAAGAAUUAUUGACAUCUAACGAUGAGACUGCAGAUUGCAGCAAACGUUGUUCUUCUCCACUCACCCUUCCCUUUCCUAAGUGAGUCGAGGAACUACAGUGGCCUUUACAUCCCAGAGAGGGUCAAAACACUCCCAUUUGUAUUACUUACAUUUGUAAAGUGUUAUUUUUUUUAACCAACAUCAAUCCUGAUCUUUAAAAGUAUACAUUUUCAGUAUUUCAGUAUAUUCUCUCAAUAUAUUAGGGAUUAUGUAUGUAAUUAGUUUUUAAUUUAAAGUUCUGGGAAUGUAACAACACUGCAUUAAAGAUGAUCAUGGUUUCUGAUGGAUUUGUACGUCUGUUUAACCACACACAAGGGUUCAGACGUCAGCCCACUGUUCAUUUCCAGCGCAGAGCUCUGAGUCUUCCUUCUGACACUUCUUAUGCCAACCUGACUGCCCUGCUCACUGUGGCCAGCUCCUCCUCCCACAUCCAGCACUUCCCCCACCUGCAGGUCCUCAGUGGCAACGGCACAGGCAUUGAGAAGACGUUUGAGUUGACUCCUGUAGUAGCCAUCUCUGUUCAUCUGCUGACCAGUGAUGGUGUGGAGCUGCAGGUGAAUGAACCAAUCACAGUGUCGGUCCCCCUGCCAGUUGACAGUGGCCUGAAGGAAAAUGAUCACAUCCCUGCUUGGAGAUUUGACCCACGCUUGGGUGCCUGGAUAAAAAGCAGUUGGGGUCAUGUGCAACGGGAGGGAAACCAGCUCAGUCUGACCUACAUUGCUCCUCAGCUAGGAUACUGGGUUGCUGCCAUGUCUCCACUACAUUCAGGUCCAGUGUUUGCAAAGGAUAUCAGCACAUACCACACUGUGUUUCUCUUGGCUAUACUGGGAGGCAUGGCUCUCAUCCUGCUUUGCCUGCUCUGCCUUCUGAUAUACUACUGCAGGAGACGUUGUUUGAAGCCUCGCGGGUCUCACCGCAAGUUCACAAUCUCCUCUGGUCUGGACAGUAGUAAAAGGGAUCAAGCCACUUCCAUGUCACACAUGAACCUCAUCAGCAAUGAGGUGCAGCUUGAACUCGUUUCCACAGCAACGGAACCUGACAUGACUACACCGAUGCUAAAGCCUUCCUCAUACGAGCACCAAGACAAUCAGCGACAACACAGUUUAAUCCAUCACAGCAAGCACAGCCGUUCUUCUCUUGGCAACAACAGUCAUCACGGCUUGUCUCUUGGCAAUCUGACGCCUCGCAGCAAAGACUAUCGACAGUCUGUGGAAACGUUCCAUUUAAAGGCUGCCCUUUCAUCGGGAACAGACCAUGGCUACCGUCAAUCCUACACCUCUGUCUGUUCAUCAGGCAACCACAUUUCUGAUGCACUUUUAUCAGUGAGUCACGGUCAAGCAUCAGCUAACCAACUGAGCGGUAUUGGGAUUGUUGAUUGUGCCUCCCCUUCAUCUCCUCCUCACUCCCCAAUUAGAGGGGAGGUGGGUGAGUGCAGGGCCCCUGACUAUCUUCUGUCCCGCUCUGUGGACCACCUGGAGCGCCAAAACCCGCCAUCACUCUCCCGACCAGGCCAGCUGCUCUGCUGUGGAUCUGUGGACCUUCUGAGUGGGGGAGAAGGCUACCCAAGGGUGCGUCCCACAUUGGUGAUCCCAGCACACUACAUGCGCCUGCCUGGGGAGCACCCUCUGUCUGGUCAGGCCCUCCUCCUGCAGACAGACCAACAGAGUGACCUGGAGACAAUCCAGGCUGAGUUAAAUGCCUCACAUUCCCAGCAGCCCUUGGGGCAAGCCCGCACAGACUCUUCCCCAGGUCCGACCAAGCAAGGUGAUGGAGAGAGGCUGGGCCUGUCAGAAUCUCUCUCUAUUCCAGCAGCUCUUGGGGAAACGGCUCUAGUGGAAAUAAACAGCGAGGACACCUUAUUGGCUGAAAAGACUUUAAUGGAGCUGCGAGGAGGGAAGCCUCUCCCUCACCCACGAGCCUGGUUUGUCUCACUGGAUGGACGUUCCAACGCUCACAUUCGCCACUCCUACAUCGACCUCCAGCGGGCAGGGUGCCAAACCAACCCGUCGGGUGCAGGAGGUCAGAAGGGCAGUGGCAGAGGCAGGAGAAGAGGCAAUGGCAACGAUGCCAGUCUGGACUCUGGUGUGGACCUGAAUGAGCCGAGAGUGGGGCGCAGGGGGAAAGACGCAGAGCAGGAAGAGAGAGAAAUUGAGAGAGACAGGUCAAGGUUUGCAACACCAGCCAUGGCCUACACUCAGCUGGUGUAUGUGGAUGAUCUGGAUCAAGGUGGCAGCGAGGAUGAGACGCCUACGUGCAGCCCUGAGGACAUCAAAACAGGACCCAUCUUGUCCGACAAAGCAGAAGGUCAAAGAGGGGAUCAGGGGCAGGAGGUCAUGGAAGGUAACGCGGGAAAGGGGAUACUAAUACAAGAGGAUCCCCCAUCACUUUCCUCCCCAUCUCCUGCUUCUUCUCCUCCUCUGCCGACACCAGAGGGUGUGACUUUCAGGACUGAACAUGCGCUGCUGACAGUGUCCCCAGACGAUGAUGCAGCACAAGAGGAGGGAGAAGAGGAAAAAAAGAGUCCAUGGCAGAGGAGAGAGGAGCGACCUCUGCUGGCAUUUAAUAUGAAAUGAUUCACUGAUGGACCCCAAAGGAUAGGUUCACAUUUGCUUUUAAGUUUUUAAUAGUUAUACACGUAACCAUAUUGGAAGUGUUACUGGGCGUCAGAAACUCCCCUUAAAGCAUUUUCAUGGGGAUGGGGAUGAGGGAUGGCUGCACACCAGUCUUCACGGAUUCUGGAUUUUAUUACUUUAUUGAUCCCAGUAGGAAACAGACAUGUUUUUAAUUACACAUGAAUCAAAAACAAAUCAGUGACACAAGAAGGCAAAAGUAAUAUAAUGAUCGUGUCUUCUAGAAAUUGACGACAGUUGACUACACUAGUUUGAGUAUAUAUACAGUAUGAAUACACACAAUUUGAAACAAUGUGGGAAUAACAUAUUUGGGCUUGUCAGUUUUGUUUUGAGACAAAUAAAAGUUAACCUAUCAUUAAACUAUGUUCACCCAUCUGCCCACACCACAACGGGAAGGCUAUGAACAUAUUAAAUUGACAACUUUAUAAAGCACUGACAAAGUACAAUAGCACUGGGAUCCUUUUUAGACGUGAACACGAGGGCGUGAAUCUGAUCCUUCAUGAACUUUUAUUUCCCCUUCAAAAAAUUACCACUGUCCAUCUUGUCAUUCUUAAGAUUCACUACAUAAACUGACAAUGUUUUAUGCACAACAAAUAUAUGCCUUUUUUAUAACUAGCCUUGUACAUGUAAAUGAACUGUAGAAACAGUCAAUGGAUGGUUCUCGCAAAUGAAAGACUUCAGGAACCUUUUUUUCUUGAGCCAUAUUGGCCUGUGCCCACUGGCAAAACCUGGGAACACACGACACGUUGAAAGCAUGAUUGUAACCCCAUUAACCAUUCUGAUUGUGGUGCAGCGUUUCACAGCUGGCUGGAGAGGUGGUGAUUUACUGGGUUUAGUAAGAUCAGUCCUGUAUUUUUAAUGGUUUGAAUAUGAGGCUAGAGUUUAAUCUGGCUCACCUGAAAGCUGUGUGGGUUUUUAUAUAAAUGCAACACGGGAUGUUUAUGGACUGAAGAAAUGAAACCACUAUUUGCUCUACAGUGUAAUCAGAUAAUGUGACACACCACUAUGUUGGUGGGUUAGGAUUUAAUCCCACCACGAAACUGUAGUUCUACCCUUGCGAGGUGUAAUAAUAUGAAGGGUUUUGUAUUUGGUGAACCACUGACUGGCAUAUUUUUUGCUCUGAAGGCUAUGCAUUACUUUUAUACAUCUGCUUGAUAUGCCUUUUUUGUCAUUUUAUUCACUUUGAUUUUAAUUGCCAACACAAAGUAUUUUAUCCAAAAGUAGGAUUUUUUUUUAUUGUUUUUAAAUAUGUUAAGGGCUUUUCCUCUUCACUUGCCUUAUUUUAAGAACUUGCAUAAACAAACACAUACUAAUGCAUACCUUAUGACCUGAAACCAAAUCGUUUCGUGUGCUGUACCUUUUUUUUUCUUCAGUUUCCUGAUGUUCCAAGUGCCUUUGACUUAUUUAUUUCUAACCUUUUUUUGCCUUCAGCUUUCCUCCACUACCUCAGCUCUCCCGCUCUCUCUCCCCCACUCUUGAAAUGAAGCAUGCAGUAAACUUUCCUCCGCACUACAAGCUACACUGCAGACAUCUCAGAAAAUGUCUACCAGCUGCUGCAACUGUAAAACCUUCUACAGCAAUUAUCAAAGCACUAAUUCCUCUUUACGUAAGCAGUUAAUAAUUUGCAGGAGUUUUCAGUGUAGCACAGGAUACAUAAAGCUAAGUGUGACUGUAUGUGAAACUAAACUGCAGACCAUUUCAGUGCAGUUUUUAAACUGUUGUGUUUCUGGGGAGGGGGUGAAUGUUUGUUUCAAGUGUUUUUUUUUUUUAUGUGCACCUGGGUGGUGGUAGUGUCCAUUUGUGAUGCUGCUGUUGCGAGUUUGUAUUGUAAGACUGUGUCCACAUGAGAGUACUGAGAAAUAAUCAACUUAUAUCCACUCGAGGAUGAUCUUGUUCCCAAUCAGAGUGUAUAAUUCUUUCCUUCUACCUGGUCGAUAUGUUGUGUGAGUUUGUGUAGUGAAUGACACUAUUCUGUCCCACAGCAACCUCCACUUUGCAGCUGGUGUUGCAGUGUAGCAUCCUGAGUGUGUAAAUUGGUCGCUUGCAUCAUAUUUGGAGCCUAUUAUUCUGAAUAAACAACCAAACUGGAAGAA